AGACAUUCGUAAACAAGUGUAGGAGGAAGCGCAAACGGGUUCGCAAAUUGAGUACCGAACCCAUUUGCACAGCCGCUAAGUUUGCGAAUGAAUGUUUGACGGCCCUUCACAUGCGCGCAAACAUUCGUACAAUGUACGAAUAUUUGCGCGCAUGUGAGUGGCCGGCAUUAUGUGCUGUAGUCUGUAAGAAGCGUAUACCUAAUCUAUGGUCUGUAGCAUAGAUUAUAAACUUAAUAUAUUGUCUGUACAGUGUAGUUUGUAUAAUGUAUGGUGUAGUUUAAAAAGUAAGUUUGCUCAAGUUUGCUGUUGGAGUACUAAAAAGAAAAUACAAAGUAACGUCUACUGUUUAAAAGAGUAAAGCUGCUUUCAACAUGAAAAUUGAAGAAGUGAAAAGCACAGCUAAAACGCAAAGGAUCUCUGCUCACAGUCAUAUAAAAGGCUUGGGGUUGGAUGAAAAUGGUGUUCCUAUUCAAAUGGCAGCCGGUCUCGUGGGUCAAGAGUCUGCACGUGAGGCUGCAGGGAUAGUUGUAGAUAUGAUAAGAAGUAAGAAAAUGGCCGGGCGAGCUUUACUCUUGGCAGGGCCUCCUGGUACUGGCAAAACUGCUAUAGCUCUUGCCAUCGCUCAGGAACUUGGAACUAAGGUUCCUUUCUGUCCAAUGGUUGGUAGUGAAGUUUACAGCACAGAGAUCAAGAAAACAGAGGUAUUAAUGGAGAAUUUUCGACGUGCUAUAGGCCUGCGUAUACGUGAAACCAAAGAAGUAUAUGAGGGUGAAGUAACUGAGUUAACACCUGUUGAAACAGAAAAUCCUGCUGGAGGCUAUGGAAAAACAGUAUCUCAUGUGAUCAUAGGACUAAAAACGGCCAAGGGUACCAAACAACUUAAACUUGAUCCAACUAUAUAUGAAUCGUUACAAAAGGAAAAGGUUGAAGUUGGGGAUGUCAUUUACAUUGAAGCUAAUUCGGGGGCAGUGAAGAGACAGGGUAGGAGUGAUACUUUUGCUACUGAAUUUGACCUUGAGGCUGAAGAAUAUGUUCCGCUACCCAAAGGUGAUGUACACAAAAAGAAAGAAGUUGUACAAGAUGUAACCUUACACGAUUUGGAUUGUGCUAAUGCAAGACCGCAGGGAGGUCAUGACAUUAUGUCUAUGAUGGGACAACUCAUGAAACCAAAGAAGACUGAAAUAACAGAUAAACUUCGAAAAGAGAUCAAUAAAGUUGUGAACAAAUACAUAGAUCAAGGGAUUGCAGAACUGGUUCCUGGUGUGCUAUUCAUUGAUGAGGUACACAUGCUGGACAUUGAAACUUUCACAUACCUACAUCGAGCGUUGGAGUCCGCGAUAGCACCAAUUGUUAUAUUUGCUACAAACAGAGGGCGUUGUCAAAUCAGAGGGACAGAAGACAUUGUAUCACCACACGGCAUUCCACUAGAUCUAUUAGAUAGGUUAUUAAUAAUACGCACUCUCCCGUAUAACAAAGCAGAACUUUUACAGAUAUUAAAGCUCCGUGCGGUCACAGAAGGAAUUUCAAUCGAGGACGAAGCUUUGUCGGCGCUCUCUGAGAUUGGAGCUCACACGACGCUCAGGUACGCAGUUCAGCUGCUAACUCCGGCGAUGUUGGCCGCGCGAGCCGACGGCUGCCAGCGCAUAUCGCCGGCGCACGUGUCCUCGGUCCACACGCUGUUCCUUGACGCUAAAGCUUCAGCCAAAAUCCUCACUCAACAUUCCGAUAAAUACAUGCAGUAAAAAUAAUACAAAAAUAUAGAGUAAUUUGAAUAUCAGAUAGAUAGGAUGCUUUUUUACGUUCAUAUCGAUAAUGUCAAACUGUCCAUAUAUCAACUCACGCGCUGGUAACAGCAGAGCACGCACGUGCACGAGGUUUUCCUUCUGAUUUACAACUUAGUAAAACUUGUUAUCUUAAAUCCUUGAAUUUAAGAUUAAUGUAGCAAAAUAUUAUUUUGACCAAUGUUUGUUACAGUUUUAAAACGGUUACUUAAAAGGCAAAACAAUCUUUUUAAUUUUUUAAAAUGAUGUUAGUCUUUUCCAAUGCAAAUAAUUAUAGAUCUAUUCAAUUAAUUAUAGAGUAUACCGGUAUUGUCUGGGAGUAUGAGUAUGUUUUUGGUGCUUAAUAUUUAAUGAAUCUUUAGACCGGUAUUUUCUCUAUACCUCUCGCCGUAUUAUUCAUAAAACACAUGUGAUAUUUACGUUUAGUAUUUCAUAAUUCAUAUUUGUAAGGAAAUGAAGAAUGUUGCGUUAAUUUGGAGUCAACCUUUAUGUUUGUCGUAUUAAAUGUGAAUUUAACAAUAAAUGAAACUGGAUUUGUGUAAUAAAUAA